GCGGUACUCCGAGCUGGAGAAGGAUUUUUUCACGUAUCGGUGAGCAUUAAAAAUAAUGACUUCUUUGUAUACUUCCACAAUUGUGAACAGAGGUUACUCUUUGUCGAUGCACUAUUUAAACAUUUAUAUGGUUGGGUUCCGUUGGCGGAUAAGGAUUUCGAUCGUCAAUCUGAUAUGGGAACGUAGAGUCACACAGGUGAAAAAGAUCAACUAUCAGAACAAUUAUCAGUCCGAAACAAUCGAGGGAAUAAUCUCCGUUCAGAUCAAAAUACAAAACCAAAAAGCAAUUAGAAUCAAACGUCUAUUUGUCUAUGAAAUAGAAUUACUUCUCAACUGCGUGCUUGAACAAUUUUACCUAUCCAAAAAUACGUGAUUUUCCACUCUGACCGAACGCCGACCAUUUGUCCCACUCCAUUCUUUCAAAAAGAAGGUCAAAAAGCAAUGUCUGAAUCAACUAACCGAGGUUUAAACAUGAUAAUCAUCUAUCAUUUAAUGAUAUUCCUCAACAGGCUAAUCCAAGGCGGCAAGGAAUUGUACGAUUUUGACCGAGCAAACGCACCGGCCCCACACCCGCGCACAGUUCAAAGGUAUCUGCAACAUAACUCCGAACUGGUUCGUGAGGGGCAGCUAUUGGUGGGGGAGCUGAAAAACUUCCUUCAAAGAAAUGGAUAUCCAAUGGCGGUGUGUUGGAGCGAAGACGCCACCCGCAUUAGUGGUGGGGUGGAGUACAACUCUAUUCUGGAUCAACUCACUGGACUGGUUGCACCGAUGGAUGACAAUGGAAUGCCGAAAAUGGAUCUGUUCAACUGCUCAUCCCCUCUGAAAAUCGUGAAUGAUUUGAAACAGUACCCAAUCGCGCGCUACGUGCAGCUAUGCAUGGUCCAACCUUUGGCCCGGCAUGCUUCUCCGUUCUGCGUGAAUUUUUACUGUACAAAUAACAAGUUCACAACACAAGAUGUAUUAAAGCGAUGGCAGUUUGUGGAACAGGAGUUUAUUAAAGAGGGCAUACAAAUAGUUGCAAAGUCCACAGAUGGAGACAGCCGGUUUAUUGGUGGGAUGAUGGAGCAAAUGAAACUUCCCCCAGAAACCGAUUCAGAAAGCAGACCAGAUAAUGCGUAUGGUGAUUGGUACAUUGCGACCGUCAAAGACAGUAAAAUAUGUGUACAAGACACAACACACCUGGUUAAUAAAUUUCGAACACGUUUAAUGAAAACGGACCAGCAGCUACAAAUAGGUACCAUGCGAAUUUCCAAUCAACACCUAAUGGAACUGAUACAGUGUGUCUCGAAAGACCAACAUGGCUUGACCAUAACCGAUUUGAACGAGAACGAUAAAAUGAAAUUUCGGCCAGUGGAGAAAAUUACGAAGGAUUCUGUCAUUGAACUCUUGCGUCAGCACGUUCCUUUAUCUGGCGGAACCGUGCAGUUUCUGACAAUGAUGUCCGAGAUAAUGUCUUCGUACAUGAGUUCGGAUAUGGCGCCGUUACGAAGAGUAUAUAAUAUUUGGAAAGUACUGCUUAUUGUUCGCGCCUGGCGAAAUUGGUGCUAUGCCAAACAUGGAAAUUUGCAGAAAUGCAUAACCACAAAUGCAUAUUGGGGACUUGAAAUUAAUGCUCACGCAUUAAUUAGCUACAUAGAUCUCUGUCGAAGAGAGAACAUCCAGUUUCUGGUAGACCACCUACACAGUCAAACGUGUGAGGCAGCCUUCAGGGAUACACGAUCAUUGACAUCGACCGCAUCAACCGUGGUAAAUUUCACUAUACAAGGAUUUGAAUCCCGUUUGAACCGAAUUCAAAUGAAAAGGGACAUCAUGGCUAGACAGCAGGCCUCACUGAAUUUCCCUCGGUCAAAAAGCGAAUCAGUUGACGAGACACCAACCGUUCUACCUAAUGAAGACGAUAUUUCACGCACCGUCGAAGAAGCUAUGAGAGCGGCGUCAGAAAUACUGAUCGGUUUGGGAGUUGAGGAAUCGAAUCUAUCAUUCGAGCACACAAUUCGUCGAAAAUGCCAACUACCAGGUGAAAACUCAACAUUCCAGUAUGUCGAUGUUCCAGACGAGCACGUACAUGAGAAUCCAGAAUCACUAUAUUCCGACAAAUGUCCCUCAUUUCAAUUUGUUGAUGUGCCUGAAAUUGCAGAGGAUGACGAGGACAAUGUCGUUGAAGCGUCCGAGGUGUUUGCAAAUGUCGGAAAAGAACUCCAUCUGAAGGAUGCAGUAUCCUACAAAAACACUUUCAAAAUUAGGAACCGCAACGGCAGAAUUGUAAGUGUGAAAAAGAGAACCUUUUUGUGGAUGCUAACGUCAGAUUUAGUCAAAUGUUCCACUGAUCGAGUGCAUCGAUUCAAAGACGGAGAUGUUAUUUCCAACUCCGGACAGCCACGAUCGCUCAACGGAGUCUGUGAGAACGUGUCAUUGGGCGAAUUCCUCUUGGUGCGCAGCAAUGGCCAGAUCAAUGUCGUCAAAGUGUAUGGGUUCAAAUUCCUGAAAGGUAAAAAUCAGUCCUGCUCACUCACUACGGUUCCUUUGGUAGCCCCUUCUGGAGUGAACCCCAGAGGAAUAGGAAUCAUAGGUAAUUUUUUUGAUCUUGUUGAGUAUGGUAAUGAUAUUGUGUUGGAGCUCUCAAAUGUGGAGCAAGUUGACAUUAAGUGUUACUUAUCCCAUUUGAAGAAACCUUCAAUAGAAUCGAUGAUUUUAUAUUACUCGAGCGAUACUGCAGAAUACAUACAAAGUCUAAAAUAAGAAUUUGGUUUUGCAAUAAUAAGUAGACGAAA